AUGGCUGGCCGGCUUUUCGUAGUGAUAAUCGUAUGUUGCUUGAUCAGUGAACUUCAUGCGCAAACCAACUACUGUACAAAAACGUACUGCCCUGCUGCAGUACAGAACGUCGGUUGUAAUCCUCCUGAAACGUCCGGUGGUCCUGGUUGCAGUGGAAAAAGUCCCAUAGUGGUAGUACUAAACGCUACCCUUCAAUCAUUGAUUCUAACCGAACACAACACCCGUCGAUCGCAGCUUGCCCUAGGUCGUGUAGCGCCGUUCCUGCCAGCGAUUCGCAUGCCCACGAUCACCUGGGAUACGGAGUUGGCAAACCAGGCUGGUAACAAUGCACGCAACUGCACCUUUGCCAAUGAUCGUUGUCGUAAUACUGCCGUGUACGCAUGGGUUGGACAAAAUCUUGCCUUAACAAAGUUUUUUGGCAUAACCAAAACGAUUGAGCAGCUGCUUAAGGAGGCAAUUGAAAGCUGGUGGAGUGGGUAUAGCGUUACCACACAAGCUCAGUUGAACAGCUAUCCACGAUCAAUUACUGGACCGGGGAUAGGCCUUUUCACUCAGAUGGUUAGUGAUCAAACUGCCAAGAUGGGGUGCGCCUUACAGCACUGGAUGCAAUCACCAUUUAAAGUGUACUAUCUUGUUUGUAACUAUGCCGUAACCAACGUCGUGGGCACUCGUGUGUACAAGAACGGUACGGUUGGUUCUGGUUGCGCUACCGGACGUAAUCCGAUCGCUGCUCUCAAUGGACUGUGUUCGAUAGCCGAAAAGAUCAAUCCUUUACCCAACUAA